AUGCUCGUGCUGCAAGGGCCGAACCUUCUGGUUCUAAAAGGUGGAACUGCCUUCAAUGGUGUUGUGGAGGAGAUUAAGAAUUUAACAACCCGUGUGGCGCACGUUCUUCCUGUUUCUGAUGAUGGAGGGAGCACAGCUGAGAUUGUUCGUGUUCUUGGUGGUCCGGCUGUUGGAGACAUUCGUUCAAGAUGCUUGAGACUGUCUGAUCAAAGUAGUUGUGAAGCACUUGCAGUUCGUACACUGUUGGGUCAUCGAUUACCUCUUGAGCCACAGAAAGCAAAACUAGAGUGGUAUGACAUUGUGGAAGGGAGCCAUUCUUUGUGGACAGGCGUCUCGAAACCGUAUAGGGAAACUAUUAGAGCUUUCUUGGCUUAUUUCCAGAAUCAGAUCCUCAGGAGGUCGGACGAAUCAUUCUGCUUCAGUAAUGGAAGCAUUGGGAACUUCUUCUUUGCUGGAGCCCGAAUAUUCUUUCAGUCUUUAGAUGCUGCGAUUUUUUUGUUUUCACGUGUCUCGGCAAUACCUAAUGAAAGCCUUGUUCUCCCUGUUAUAUCCACAAAUGAUAGGCUUACCUUGGGAUGUGAAUUAUGGGAUGGAACUAUAGUGCGGGGUCAGAAUGAAAUAUCUCAUCCCACAAAUGGAUCUAUGGAGCCAAUAAAUAAGAGUAACUCAUUAGUUCCAAGACUUCCGUCGAGAAUUAAGCGGGUCUUUUAUAUGUCCAGUGAAGGUAGCAAUUUACUACACGAGGUCUUUCCGUCUGCGAACCCAACUGUCUUGGAACAAUUGAAGAGUGUUGAUUGCAUUAUCUUUGCCAUGGGUUCACUGUUUACUUCCAUAUGCCCCUCUCUGGUGUUACAUGGAAUAGGGGAAAUUAUUUCGUCUCGUGCAUGCUCAAAGGUACUUCUCUUGAAUGGUACACAUGAUAGAGAAACUUGCGACUUUACAGCUUCCUGCUUUGUCACAGCUAUUACAGAUGCUCUGAAUCGAAAAUAUGGAGGCCCCCAUAAUUGUCUUGUAAAUUCUCCAAGUCAAUACAUUAACACAGUCUUUGCACCAAAAGAAGGCCAAAUUCCUAUAGAUAUUGAUUCCUUGGCUGCUCAAGGGAUUUUCCAUGUGGUAACUGUUGACUCCGUACAUGAUUCAUCUGGAGGGAUACUUUAUGACCCUAAAUCGUUAACACAAACUCUGUCCAAUCUUUUAAGUGGACAUCCCGAAUGA